AAAGCAGGAAACGGUUUUAUAUUCACAACCAGCGGAUGUUCGCGCGCGCGCUCGCACGCACACACGCGGAUGAUGGUUUUAUCAGAGUAGCGCGUGAAAUCGAUGUCGAUCAAUAAUGAGUGAACAGAGCAUGUGUCAGGCGCGGGCCAGCGUCAUGAUGUAUGAUGACGGCAGUAAACGCUGGUUACCGGCCGGUUCUGGUCCUCAGGCCGUCAGCAGGGUUCAUAUCUUCCAGAACACCACCAACAACACAUUCAGAGUGGUGGGCCGUAAACAACAAGCUGACCAACAGGUUGUCAUUAAUUGUCUGUUAGUGAGAGGUAUAAAAUACAACCAGGCGACAGCUACGUUUCAUCAGUGGCGAGAUGCGCGGCAGGUGUGGGGUCUGAACUUUGGCAGUAAAGAGGAAGCGUCACAGUUCGCUGCUGCGAUGAUGCAUGUGCUAGACGUGUUGAGCGGUCAGGCAGAUGCAGCAGGUGUGUGUCCUCCUCGACCUCCACCCAACGGCCCGAGCACCGAGGAGUUAGAACACAAGAGGAGACAGGAGCAGCAGGAGAGAGAGAGACAGGCACCCGCCCCCCCAGCCCCACCCCCGGCUCCUGCUCCCGCCAGUGCGCCUCCUCCACCCGGACCUCCACCUGCUCCAGGACCCCCGCCUCCUCCACCACCCCCGCCACCACCUCCUUCAGAAGGAGGACCACCCGCUCCCCCGCCACCUCCCUCUGCAGGAGGAGGAGGUGAUGGAGGGGGAGGAGGAGGUGACGGAGGUCUGGCUGCAGCGCUCGCCGGAGCUAAACUACGUAAAGUUGCUAAGGAUGAGAGCGGAGGACCACCUGCUCCUGCACCGAGUGAAGGAGGAGGAGGAGGCGGAGGAGGUGGAGGAGGCGGAGGUGGAGGACUGAUGGGAGAAAUGAGUGCUAUUCUCGCUCGACGAAGGAAAGUUUCCGACAGUCCAACGGUGAAAAAAGAAGAGUCGACUAAUGGGGAGUCAACUCACACUGAUCCCAGACCUGCAGAUAAAGCCGAAGCUGUGAAGAAACCUUGGGAGAAACUUUCUUCUGUAUCCCGUGUGAAUUCAGCGUCGAAGAGUCAAGACAAGAGUCCAGUAUCUCCUGCCACUGCAGCACCGUUGAGCAGGACGAGGCCGGGCAGCGGUGCGAGUGAUUCGGCUGGAUUGAAAGACUCUUCAGACAUGGAGAAAUUCAAGCAGGAGAUCCUGGAAGAGAUUCGUAAAGAGAUGCAGAAAGUAAAGGAAGAGAUCAUCGGAGCUCUGCUGGAUGAACUGCAGAAGAGCAGUCUUGUGUAGAUGUAUGGAGGAAUCAUACUCGUGAUGCUUAAAGAUGUUUCAAUCUCACCUCGUUCUCUCAGGAACGUCUUCACAGCUGCCCGUUUUAAACCUUUAUUCGCUGCCUUCAUUGUUUGUUUAUCAGCUGUUGUUUACUGAUGUGUGAGGGUGGAAUGAAGUAUUUUACAGCAGCGUUGCAUGUUUUAAUCUCAGCACAUGUUGUCUCUGUUUACAUGUAACUUUGUUGUUUACCAGAAAAAAGUGAGAGUUUAUAUAAUGGUAAAAAGUAUUUAUCAUCUACUUUUAUUUCAGUUGAAUGGUGUUUAGUAUGAUUCAUUUCUGAAGUGUGUAUUGUUGUAUAUUGGUGUGUUUACACUGAUCUCAGGCUAUUGCAGUGUGUUUUUAUUCUCUUUCAGAGAAGAAUAUGAUGUCACUAACAAACAAUUAAGUACCAUGGUAUUAUUAUGGUUUUUGGAAAUGUUCUGUAAACAUCAUGUGAAUAUCCUGUUACACGCCAGUGGUAUAUGUCCGAGUAUUAUGGGAUUGGCAUCAGAUACUCUAACUUUGUUAUGAAAACACCACAGUAGAGUUUUGUCAGGAGAGAUGUUCAUUAUGAUUUCGUUGGGUACGGUCGUGUAGAAGUAUUUGAUUGACAGACAGACUGUUUUCUUAUCUGCCAUGCAGCGUUUAAAAGGUAAAUAAACAAGUUCUGCCUGUGUGAAGGCUGAUCUGAGACCAGCGCUUCCUCCUCCUGUCAUUGAGCGCUGUGGCGCCGCCAUAUUGCACCGGGCAUAAACACAAAUAAACGUUGUUUUACAGGA